CAGUGCUAAACUCUUGUUAACACAUUCCCUGCAGACUUGGCAGAUUCAUUCAUCAUGAAGUUAUCAGGCACCCUUCUGCUUAUGAUCAGUGUGGCCUAUUUGUUCAUCUUGGCAGAGGCUGUGAGCCAAGGGGGCUACCAGGCUUUUUGCAGCAAUUAUGAGAAAACAGCUACAAAUGGAAAACCCUGUCCCAAGAUUAACAAGCCAGUAUGUGGCACUGAUGGACAAACUUACCACAACCUCUGUGAAUUCUGCAGAGCAGCUAAGGAAAGAAAUGGGAAGCUCAAUUUCAAACAUGAAGGAAAAUGUUGAUUCACCUGAUCCUGCAAAGCUGGAAGUGCCUACAAUUCGCCUUUUGCAUCAGAAGAUUCUGUCUCUGUUUAUCCAAUCUCCACUGCUAUGUAUUUCCCAUCAGUUAUUUUGCAUAAAGAAAGCACUUUCAAUAA